UCAAUCUGAAUAGCAUGUGAGUGUGUUGUCGGACAAUAUUGUACAUACAGAUAGUUUGGACGCCACAAUCCGCUGCCAUUGGAACACGUUUAUUUCUCGGCUCCAUGUUACAGUAUGGAUUUUUGGUGUGUGUGCUUUUUCCUCUCGGGCUAUUUGAGAAAAAUGCAAUCUGCGACUGUUGCCAGUUUCCAAACAGCCAACGGCAUUUCAAGACCAGUGUCUCUACGGGUGUGGACGUGAACUAAUAUUUGGGUGCUGAACGUGUGUCCCGUAGCAGUUUCGUCUUCGUUUCUUUCAGGCAAUAACCAACGCAAUGCAGGUGUUUCGCACAGUGUCAAGUCAACGCUACUAAUAAGGUUCUCGGGAUUCUAAUAGCGAACGCAUUCGGAUGGAUUUUACAUGCCGUGUCCGUUUGGGCAAGUGUACACGCGGGGAAAUUUCGGAGCGGUGACUUGUUUGGAUUUAACUUGAGGACAUGGUGUCAGCGGCGUCACACCUAGCUUCGUGCGGAAGAUGACCGUGAGUUUGGAAAACUUAGCAGACGAGCUGUCCUCCUCACUAUCACAGGGCCCCACCAGCUCCCAGUUGAUGUACAGCGAGUUGGGCGAGCUGCGGAAUGUCUCAAUGAGUGAGGCGGAGCUCCUAGCCCCCGGGGAUCCCAACGUGGCUGCCGGCAUCGCGCUGGCCAUCAUCUCGCUGCUUACCGUCUUUGGGAAUAUACUUGUGAUCGCUGCCGUAACGUCAUGGCGGAAGCUUCGGCACAAGAUAACAAGCUGGUUCGUGGUGUCGCUCGCGUUGUCGGACGUUCUGGUGGGAUUUCUGGUCAUGUCGUGGAACGCUGCGUCUUUCACCAUAGGGUACUGGCCCUUCGGUAAAUUUUGCACGGUGCACCAAGCGCUGGAUAUCAUGAUGUCGACAGCUUCCAUUCUGAACUUAUGUGUGAUUUCCCUGGAUCGCUUCUGGGCCGUGACACAGCCCUUUGACUACCAGAGUAAAAUGACGAAAAACAGAGCGAUGUUCAUGAUAGCAUGCGUGUGGAUCACGUCUUGUGUGCUGUCUUUCGUGCCCGUUCUGACGGGGAUACACACGGUGGACGGCCCGGACACCAUGGACGAAAACCCACCCAAAUGUGAUUUUAUUUUGAACGGGGUGUACGCCGUGUUGUCGUCGUGCAUAAGUUUCUACGUUCCUUCCAUAGUGAUGAUCAUCGUGUACCUGAUGAUUUACCGCGAGGCGAGAAGACAGGAGCAAAGCAUACGAAGCCAGAAUAGGGUCCUUGAUAACAAUCAGAAAGGGGAGCACAAGGCGGCCAAGACCCUGGGUGCUAUACUGGGUGUAUUCGUCUUCUGUUGGCUACCGUUUUUUGUGGUGAACUGCAUCCUGCCGUUCUGUCCGGAGUGUGUCUCCGACGGUGUAUUUACUGUAGUCCUCUGGCUUGGCUGGAUAAACAGCUCCCUGAACCCUUUGAUAUAUGCCACGAACAGGGAAUUCCGCACGGCCUUUAAGCGCCUACUCUGUAAAAAACAAUUUCUUAGAGAUCGAACUAUGGAAUACAGUACCACAGUAACUCUACUAAUGCACAUGAGCAACGGGAAAGUUGACUCGAACAAGAACGAACGAAAGAAAAAGGCCAAAGCGGGUGCGACUAGCCAUCAGUCGGUGCCUGCGCGCACCCUGACGGCGAUAACGGAGUUCGUUACGGAAGAGUCGCUCAAAGAGGAGUGCGAGGGGGAGACUGAAGGGGCGUACCCUGGCCACAAUGUGGGGCCCAGGUUAGCAAAAUAUCAAUCGGACACGGAAGAGAACCUUGCACCACCUCCAGAGGAAUGGAAAUGAUUUGCGUCAGGACACCAGACGAGUAAAACAAAAGGCUGGAUAUGGGCCUUUUUUCACGCUGUUGUUUCGCAUUGUGAUGAAAUUGAA